AUGGGCCUCCUCACGCUUCUCCGCAAAAUCAAGACAAAGGAGAAGGAGCUCCGGCUCCUGAUCCUCGGUCUGGACAACGCCGGCAAGACCACCAUUGUGAAAAAGUUCAACGGCGACUCCAUCGACGAGAUCAGUCCAACAUUGGGUUUCAACAUAUUCACCCUCGAGUUUCUGGGCUACAAGCUGAACAUCUGGGACGUGGGCGGACAGAAAACCAUUCGCAGCUACUGGCGGAACUACUUCGAAUCGACCGACGGUCUCGUGUGGGUGGUCGAUUCCACGGAUCGCAAGCGGUUGCAGGACUGCAAGGACGAGUUGCAACAACUGCUGAAAGAGGAUCGGCUCGCCGGGGCGACAUUACUGGUCUUCGCGAACAAGCAGGACCUACCGGGGGCGCUCAGUUCGGUAGAGAUAAAAGACUUUUUGGAUUUGGACCAGAUUCAAACGCGCCACUGGAGCAUCGUGGGAUGCAGCGCGUUGACAGGGACCGGGCUGUUGCCCGGGAUGGAAUUUCUUGUGAAAGACAUAAGCAAACGAGUACUGUGUUGGGGAGAUUGAAGAAGCGAGCGUAGCGGUUUGCCGGAGUAAAUUGAUUGUCUAAGCAUAAAAAUGAAAAUCCCG